AUGGAGUUAAUAUAUUUGCUUAUUGUUGCCAUUUAUGUUAUUGGUGGUGGUGGUGGUGGUGUUAUUAUAUUUGCUUCUAAACAGCUCGGUUGUUUUUCUGGGCCAGGGCGCCAAGACUUGGAAGUGGAAGCUCAUGUUAGAGAUAUUCCUUUCAAGGCCAAAGAUAAUGAAAUAAAAGAGAUAUUUUCAUCAGCAGGGUUUGUCUUGGAUGCAAUUAUACCACACAAUUCUGAUACAGGGUUACCUAAAGGUUUUGCAUUUGUCCAAUUCACACACAAACAGGAUGCAGAAAAUGCAAUAAAAAAGUUCAAUGGACAAAUGCUUCAUAAAAGACCCAUAGCUGUUGACUGGGCUCUUUCAAGUAGUGUCACUGUUAAAAAAUGCUCUUCUUGCUUCAGAAGAUGGUACUUGUGGCAUUAUUGUAACUCUAUUCUCAUUUAG